UGUACAUAUAAUAUGUGUAUAUACAUACAUAUACAUAUAUAUAUAUAUAUAUAUGGCCUGUGACGAGGAUCGUACGCAUAACGGUUGAUGCGGCUGGAAAGUAAGGAUGCGAGACGAAUAAGAGCAGUGCCUAACGGUGAUCGGUUUGGGUAAUUUCUUACGACAUAAAUUUCGUUGCAACUUGAGUUUAAAGUUGGUGCUUCGAUUCUGAAUAUUCUUGUUCUGACGAAUUUAAAUCUGUGAACGAUUUCGUGUAAUAAUGUUAUUUGAAGCGAUAUUAAUUUGUGUCUCUAUUGUGCUCGGCAUCAUUUGCUAUCAAAAAACAUGCCUAUUCUGUCACUUAAAAUAUUAUUCCGUUGGAAUAAAGUAUUAUGGUCACGAUAUAUUCAACGCCAGACACAAUAAAAUAGAUUUACUUCCAAAGCCAAAUAGAAUUGCAAUUGUAACCGGUGGUUCUAGAGGUAUAGGAGCGGAAGUAGUUAAGCAAUUGUUACAGUGUGACAUGGAAGUUAUAAUAGCUUGUAGAGUAAUUAGCAUGGGUGAAGAUAUUGUCCUACAGAUUAGAAAAUCUGGUAUCACUAGUGGACGAGCAAAGGUUUAUAAGCUUGAUAAUUCCUCUCUAGAAUCCGUCAGAGAAUUUUCAAAGCAAAUAAAAGUGGAUUAUGAUAAAAUUCAUAUAUUAGUUAACAACGCUGGUAUUAUGUUUCCUACUAUUUGUAAAAAGACAGAAGACGGAUAUGAAGAGCAAUGGAUGGUAAAUUAUUUAUCACAUUUUUUACUAACAUCUCUUCUUCUGCCAUUAUUGAAAACUGGCGGACAUCCUGAAGAAUGUAGUAGAAUUAUUAAUGUUACUUCAUGCGCUCACGAUGUCGGCACCAUCAAUUUUGAAUACGUCAAUAAUUUCUACAAAGAAAUAGUUUGCAAGCAUAAUUCGUAUGCACAAAGCAAAUUAGCACAGACAAUGUCUACAAUAACAUUGCAGAAAUUCUUUAAAGACAAAUCGUUGAAUAUACUAGUAUAUGCUGUACAUCCAGGUAUAGUGAAAACAGAUUUAUUCAAAGAGACUAUAUUAGGCUGGAACAAGUGGAUUAUGGUUGGAUGGAAGACAGCUGAUCAAGGAGCAACUCCAAUAACGUAUGCUGCAAUUAGCAAAGAUAUUGAAAGAAAAGGUGGGAUAUAUAUUAGUAAUUGUAAAGAAAUGGCUGUUCCUUCGUUAGCACUCGAAAAAACAACCCAGGAACAAUUAUUUGAAUUAUCUUUAAAACAAACACAUUUAGAAAAUUUUUUCCAAUAUUUGUAACGAAAUACAUUCCUUAUUCCACGUCUUAUUAAAUAAUUCGUUCAUCAUUGAAUGUAUCGCGCGCGCGCGCGCGUGCACACAUACUUAUAUCAAUAAAUUUAUAUUAAAAAUUAAUUUUUUUUACAUUUGAAACAUUCAUGCGUCUAUUCUAAUUCUAACCGCGAGAAAAUGCAAAUAACCAAUUAUACACGCAAUACCAUUGAA